CACGCGGACCUAGAAGUACGGUAUGCUGAAUGGGUCAGUCGCAUUCUUUAUUGAGAGUGUUCGAAUCGAGCGAAGAGAAAAGCUGCUCAGCACGUUCCGCAGCAGAUCGAAUGCGAACACGGCGGAGUUUAGACCUGGAGCAAGGAGGGUACUGGUUUGACAGGGACAGAAAAAGUAAGUCGUCGAGUCUUUCACAUAAUCGACCAAACUCAGAACCGAACGUGACGUUAUUUAGCGGCAGGGCUUUGGAAGUAACUUUAAAGCAACUCUUACGAAACUACCAGGCUGGUCAGGGAAUCGACGCCGACGAAAGCCCAUCCGGCAAUAAUGUGCUCACUCGGAUUAUUGGAGAGUCGGCUCUAACCACACGAGCUGAAAAAAACUUAGAUGCGCCCGGUUCUGGCACAUCGUUUAACGGGCUCGCUUGCUCUGACCCCUUACACUUUCAAUGUGUCAAUUCAAAAACAACGGGAAAGGACAAUGAUUGGAAUGUCUCACGCUGGACCAUGGAAAAAAAGUUUGGAGAGAACUUUGAAAGAGGUGCAGCUAAGAGCAGGACCCAGUCGGAUGUCGCGUUACCGGUCAGAUCAGUCCCGUUUACAGCGACAAAUGAGAAGCAGCCCUCGUCAGAUUUGACUUUACUACUAGAAGACCCUAUUAAUUCUUAUGCUGAUAACAGCUUUCCUCUUGUAAGUACUAAAAUGACAAAAACUCCGAACACGAACGUGACUUCUCCCAAAUCGACGUGUCUGAGCGAACGAAACACCAGUUGUAUAAGGCCUACGGAGAGCCGCAACCAGGAAUGUUCUCGUUCUCAAGACUCGCUAGAAUGUCCUAUUCAGAGUAGUUCGUCAGUCAGUUACCCAGGAACCAUUCCUCGACUUGUCAUCACCCCAAGUCCUGGUCCUGGACCACAAACUAGUGACAUAGGAGUCGGCAGAGAAUCUCUUGAUCAACAUCCAGAUGAGGAGUCACCCUGCUCGGACAGUGGAUGUGGAGGCUCCCCUGUCCCAUCACUGUCUCUCCGAAAACUCUCAAGUUCUUCCUCUACGUGCCUGUCUUCUGCUUCAUCUUUUGAGGAAUCCGAGGACGACCUCACUGGCAGUGACCUCGAACCGAACAGUCUCUCUCCAAGUUCAUACAACAUGUUGGGCAGCCCAGACGAUGUUACAGGAACAAAGUCGUGGAGGAAGCUGAAGACGAUGGUCCACUGGUCGCCAUUUGUGGUGUCCUUCAAGAAGCGCUAUCCCUGGGUACAGCUCACUGGACAUGCAGGUAGUUUCCAGGCAGGGGAGUAUGGGAAGCUGCUGAAGAAGUACUGUGAGUGCGAGCAGCUGUGUCUGCAGGAGCUGAUGGGGGAUGUACUGCGGCCGUUCGUACCCGGCUACUACGGGGUGGUGCAGCAGGAUGAGCAGGACUACAACCUGAUGGAUGACCUGCUAGCCGACUUCGACUCGCCCUCCAUCAUGGACUGCAAGAUGGGCAGCCGCACGUACCUGGAGGAGGAGCUGGUGAAGGCGCGCGAGCGGCCGCGGCUUAGGAAGGACAUGUAUGAGAAGAUGGUGGCGGUGGACCCAUGCGCCCCCAGCGAGGAGGAGCACUCCCAGCAGGCCGUGCUCAAGCCACGCUACAUGCAGUGGAGGGAGACGCUGAGCUCCACGGCUACCCUCGGCUUCCGCAUCGAGGGCAUCAAGAAGGCAGAUGGGACGUGCAACACCAACUUCAAAAAGACCAAAGACCAAGAGCAGGUGAUGAAGGCUCUAGAGGACUUUGUGGAUGGGAACAUGCAGAUUCUGAGAACGUAUCUCCAGAGACUGGAGGAGCUGCGCUCAGUGUUGGAGACGUCAGAAUUCUUCAGGACCCAUGAGGUGGUGGGCAGCUCCCUGCUGUUUGUGCAUGACGCCUCUGGGCAGGCGCGCGUGUGGAUGAUCGACUUCGGCAAGACCGUGCCGCUGCCCCCGCCACUCACUCUGGACCACCGCACGCCUUGGCAGGAAGGCAACCGCGAGGACGGCUACAUGUGGGGCCUGGACAACCUCAUCCACAUCUUCAGUGCCAUGCUGCCCAGCUCUGCCUCCAAACCCUGAGGCCUCCCCCCACCACCACCACCCCACCACCACCACCACCACCUCCUCCCACCGCCACCACCUCCUCAGCCAAGGCAGGCUGGUUAGAAAUCCUAAUCUCCCAGCUGGAUCAACAGCAACAGGCAUUACACUGUGGACACUCAAGGGAGGCAAAUAAGAAGAAACCAUGGUAGAGAUGAAAAGAC